UAAAGAAAAAUAAAGAGUGACAAUUUAUGAGGUGACUAAACAAUUUUAUGGUUUAUAAAUAUCAUUUAAAAGAAAAGUUUGAUUAUUUAAUAUUUUCUAAUAAUAAUUAUUUUUAAAACUAAGCGGCUUUUACAUGCAACAAGAGGGUCACUGACAUUAAAAUGAUCAUGCGCAUUGAAUAUAAUGAGAGUCUAACCUAGUCUGCAGAUAAUUAAACUAAGUUUAUAUAUAUUGUUUCUUGUACAUUUAUUAUGUCCAAUGUGUUUUCAUUAUUUAUUUCCAACAACCAAGUCAAUAAAAGUUUCUUUUUUGAACUACUUUUUUGCUUGUUUAUUGCCUUAAGAAAUAGUUUAGAAUUUAAAUGACUUCUUCCACUUAUUAUGGGAAAAGAAACAAUUUACUCCAGUGCACAUUGCAAUUUAGUCAAUUCAAUUAAAUUUAUUCUCUUUUUUUGUCAUUAAAGAAAAUUUUCAUUAAAAUGAAUAAAAAGGAGAAAUUAGAAGAGGAACUGAGAAUAUCUGCUUGUUUAGGAGAUGUUAAUAGAGUAGAAGAACUUUUAAAUUUUGGAGUUAAUGUUAAUUCUCGUCAUCCAAAAAAUGGACGAACUGCUUUGAUUUUUGCUUGUCAAAUGAAUCGACAAGACGUUAUCAUGAAACUUUUAGAAAAUGGAGCAGAUCAAAAUAUAACAUCGGAUUCUGGUGAAUCACCAAAAUCAGUAUGCACAAAUCCGCAAAUUUUACAAAUUUUAUCUGAUGGAGAAAUUUUAAAAAUUGCAAAACUAACAACUGCCUUAGGAACAUCUCAAAGUGAUGAUUAUGCAAAAAAUUCGAUUUCUUCGAAAGAAGAAAAUCUUCCAGAUGACAGUAUUCCUUCUAACGAAUUAGUAUUGAAAGUACGACUUGCAAAUAUACAGGACGACGUUGAUUUCAUUGAAAUUGAUUUACCAAAGACGUGUUUAACAUUCCAAGCCUUACUUCAUGUCUGCUGCCAAGAGCUAAACAUCGAUGAAAGUAGGGUGGUGAAAUUGAGAAAACUCCCAAAUACAAAAAUAAGAAGAGAUAAAGAUGUUGAGAGAUUAGAAAAUUUUCAAGAAAUAGAAGUUGUAACCGACCUUACGCUCAAUGUCGUUCAUUCACAAGAUUCAAAUGGAGCUGCAAUGCCAUUAACUCCAUCGAAUAAUUAUCAGAGUAUAUCAAAAAAAGAUCAGACGAUUUUAUACUAAGAUUUGAAGUUUUCCUCUUUCUCAAUGAUGAAGAAUAAAUGCUAAAUAAUAAAAGCAA